AUGAAGCCUUCCAUGAAACCUGAGACCUUCCUGCUGGCUUCCGUGCUGCUCUGCACCCUCCUGGGUCUGGGGCACCCACUAGACUGCUGGGUGUGUAUAAGCCCCGGUCCCUUUUGCCAUGGAACAAUGCAACCUUGCGCCCCUGAAGAGGACACCUGUAUGGCCGCCGUGUAUGAGACCCACAGAGUUGGCGACGUUUUAGUGAGCUCCAAGAAGGGGUGUACGACAUCCAGCGAUUGUGACUCAGGAUUCCUCUCCUUCAAUGAUGGCCCCGAAAGCAACAUAGGGUCUACCACGCGCUGCUGCCAGAGCAAUGGCUGCAACAAGGACCCCCUGCCCGCGUUCAGGAGAAAUCUGACAAAGAAUGGCCUUCGGUGUCCUUCCUGCUCCACCUUCCUCAAGGAAACAUGCACCCCGACUGACGAAACGCUCUGUUUUGGUGAAGAAACCCGCUGUGUCACCGUGACUGGCCUCGUGCACCCUGCAGGUGUCAAAUUUGCUUCCCGGGGAUGUGCUACGGAGAACGCCUGCCACAUCAAGCCUGGGACCCUGGUGCCCUCAGGCUCUCAUUUGUUGACCAUCAAGAAGAUCAGCUGUCUUCCAAGCCCCCAGGCUUCUGGCAAAGCUGAGUGA